AUGGAACGUUCUCCAGCCAACAACAAGCUUUCCAUCCAAGUCCUACGAGAGCAGAUGGAAAACAAUAUGGUCCGCUCAGAUUCAAAGAGAUGGUUCCUUCCAGAGACCAGCUUGCGCACAACUUUUACCCCUGCCGCCGUUCAGAAAGCAGUCGAACAGCUAUGUUGUCGUCCAGACCAGCGUAUUAAUCUCGUGGAAGCAAUUCUCUGUGCAGGAGUAAAAACUUUCGCGAUCCUGGUUUGGAUGGAGAAAGAGGACCACAUCGUAUCGUUUCGGGCUCAUCAAGCCUUGGAUGAUAGACUGCCGUUCAGUGAGGAGCUAGCAAAAACAGCGGCCCCUGACUUUGGAGCCAGGCUUGCGCGAGAAGAGCAAUGGAGGCUUCUACCUUUCCGGUUUCCGCCCAAGAUGCACGAGCACCACCUCGAAAUCGAAGAAAAUCGGAUUCUCCCCUUGGUUGGCAGACCACAUGACCUUGCCGAGGGGAGUUUUGGUCAAAUUGUGACGAUUAGUGUCUGGCCUACGCAGCAAGACUUUGUACCUGAUCAUGUGAGUUCUCCGAGAUUUGGAUUGCGAAAACUCGAUGACUCUGUAUCACGAUUCACUGAUUGUCGACCUGCCCUCCCCCAACAGACGAGCCCCGUCCAGCUUAUUUUAAAGAGGCUGAAAACAAGAAUCAGCAAGAAGGCGUAUCAACAAGAACAGAUGUGCCUGCGGUUAUUGAAUCAACUUCGACAUCCGAACAUUAUCCCUUUUCUCGGUUCCUACUCGUAUGGUAUUGAGCAAAACUUCCUGUUCCCUCGCUUGGAGAUGGACCUGAAGAAGUUUCUGUCUUUAGAAGAAAGACCCGUUAUGUUCCAACACGACUUCACCUUCUAUUCGGCCCUUCGUGGACUUUGUUCCGCGCUGCUUAGCGUGCAUAACUUGCACCUGAACCAAGAUCAGCACGGCGUGGACUUCGACGGCAUCGGAUACCACCAUGAUAUUCGUCCGGCCAAUAUAUUGGUAGAUCAAUAUAAUUUCAUUCUGGCUGACUUUGGGCUCGGCAACUUCAAAGAUCCUGGGAUUAAAUCUCAGACAACCUGGUUCCAGACAGUCGGAGAUUAUUUAGCUCCCGAGUGUAUGGACAACCUGCAUUCACAAGAAGUUGGACGAUCGAUCGAUGUGUGGGCUAUGGGAUGCUUGUUCGCUGAUAUUGCUACAUAUAUUGAACUGGGAAGCACAGGAGUCAGCGAGUUUAGUGACAAACGCCUGGAGCCCAGCGUGAGCGGAUGGGAAACAAGUUUGUACCACAAGGUGGAUGGCAGUGUGAAAACACAAGUCGUCCAGUGGUUGCGCACGCUUUCGAACCGAGGGGCCAGCGGUAGCGUCAUCUCGCCUCUGGUGGACUUGUGUUUGCAGGCUCUGACGAGAGAUCCGCUCCAAAGACCAACGAUCUCCAACAUAAGCCAGAAGCUCACCUUCAUGAGUCUGCAGGCAUACUUUGGGGCCACUAAAGAUGCAAUUUGCAACUUCUGCCGGGAUCAAUCUUCGCCCGCUCGUGAAUUGAUUCGAACACGAUUCGUGGCUUGGGGCAAUGUCUUAAAACUCGAUGGAUCCUGGCAGCAGGAACUUGAGAGCCUCUCGACAUCCCUGGACAGAAUGUACGAUGAAGGCGUUGAAUCUAUGAGGAGCAUGUUCUCCAAAUUGUAUCAGGCGGAUGAAUCCACAGACAACACGAUCCUCGAGAGUGAGAUCGACGAUUGCGUCUCCGCGCUUUGGCGGCUGCUGCCGCCUGACCUCGCAAAGCGUGCCAGGGACUACUGGGAGCAUCUUGUACUGGCUACAGACGAUACGAAACACCUGGAAGACCUCGAACAGGUGCUCUCGUCAGCGAGAUUCUCGGCCUUCUAUACUACCAAAGCAUUGGCAAUGAUGAGAACAAUCCGGCUCCGCCUGACAACGCUCGACCCGCAGGGUAUAGAUUCUAAUGAUCCCCUUCGCUGCCUCGAUGACGGUGCUCCAAAUGCUCGGCUUUUCAACGCAUCUGAUGUUACCGAGAUAGAUAGUACCACAGGAUCAUGGGGGAUCGGGAGGCUCGAAUUUGACAAGUCGCCGGUUCUGGUCGAGUGGAUGUGGUAUGUCAUGAAGUGGCACCAGGCUCAGGUCACGCCCGAGCAACGUACCCUCCUAAUGAGCCUCAGAGCACAGAGCUUCGGAAUGGUGGAGAGGCCGAAGGGCUUACGAACGUUGGAUUGUGUGGGGAUAUUCGAAAAGAGCGACGCAAAUUUCGGGUACGGCUUUGUCUAUCGGGUACCACCGGGAAUGCAUUCACAACCCACACCGCUUCACACCCUCCUUGAUCAAGAUUCUGGCCGCCAAAGUCAACCCAAACCCCAGCCACUGCUUGGCGAUAAGUUCAAAUUGGCUGCGUCCUUGGCCCGUUUUCUGAAAGAGUUUCACACAAUUGGAUGGCUUCACGAGAAUUUCAACUCCCACAAUAUCCUAUUUUUCACGCAUGAGCCUCGAGAAUUGCCUCUUCCAAGCGAACUACAGGAGCCCUACUUCAUCGGUUUGCACAAAAGCAGGCCCGAUGGAAGCUUGUGGCAAACUGAUGGACCGGAUCUUGACGCCGCCAGUGACUACCAACACCCCGAGUAUGCGAGCAGUGGCCGAUACAAUAUCGACUUUGACUACUACAGCCUAGGUAUCGUCCUCCUAGAGAUAGGUCUUUGGCGCUCCCUUUCCGGAAUGAUUUCUGGUGCUAAAUAUCAAAAGAUGAACGCAGGUCAACUUCGAGAGGAGCACGUCAGACGCUGCAGGACAAGGUUGGGAUCGAAGAUGGGAAAGGUGUACACAGAUGUGGUGACGCAGUGCCUGAGCGGCAGCUUAAAGGUGCCAGGAGGUGGACAGACAAGACAAGGAAGAAAUCUGGCUGCAGAUACUGCUAUCCUGGGUCGAUUUAUUGAAAGUGUCGUUGAGCCCUUGGAAUGUCUUGCGUUGGCGCCCAUUUGA